AUGGUCAAGGUCCUUCGAAAUGGCCGAUUUCUCCGUCCGUCUGGACACAAUCCGAAAGAGGCCGUCUUUGCAAACUGUCUCAUCUUAGAUGAGUCUUCAGGAAAGAUUCUCUACGUCGGCUCAGAUGACGGUGGGGAGGUGCAAAGCGCCGUGUCUUCUGGAGCAGAGAUGCUCGACAUGCAGAACCGACUAAUCGUCCCCGGCUUCAUUGACAGCCACAUGCACCUGCUGCAUACUGGACAAACGUUGAACAAGCUGGAUAUAAGUGGCUGUGAGACCCUGGAAGAGAUUCGCACCGCCAUCCGCAACUACGCGAAAGCUCACCCGGAUAUGGAUCGAAUCCUGUGCUGCAGCUGGUUCCAGACCUCUACCAACGGAGAGGCAUUUGCAAGCCAGAUCGAUGAUCUGGACCCUCGACCUAUCUAUAUUUAUGCAUACGACAUGCAUUCCAUGUGGUGUAACACAGCAGCACUGAGUGAAUUGCAAGUCGCAGACCUAGAGGAUCCCCCCGGCGGUAAGAUUCAUAGAGAUGGGGCUGGCAAGCCCACAGGUCUGCUAUCAGAAACCGCUGCGUUAGGCAUUGCCGACCCGUUUCUGAGCGCGCAGCUUUCUUCAGAGCAAAAGCUGGACUUCGUUCACGAUGCUAUUGAAUCGUACAUUGCCAGCGGAUACACUGGCCUCAUCGACAUGGCCAUGGACGAGAAGACGUGGGACAUCAUCCUGAGUUACCGCAAGAAAUGCGGCGGAAGUCUUCCCAUCUGGAUGGCCGUACAUUGGUUUGUUCUGCCGCAAAAGACGCCGGAGGAGUCCCUUGCACAGGUCGACGAGGCCAUUACGCUGAACAAGCAGUACAACGAAAAGACUUCCCCUGACUGCCGCAUCACCGGCAUCAAGAUCAUGUGCGACGGCGUUGUAGACGCCUGCACCGCAAGUCUCAUGGAGCCAUACGCGCACAACGGCGGAAACGAGCCGGCGGUGUGGACUGUGGAGGAACUCGUGCCCAUCUUAAAAAAGGCCGACGACGCCGGCUUGCAAAUUGCUAUCCAUGCCAUUGGCGAUGCUGCCAUCAGAGUAGCCAUCGACUCUCUAGAGCGAGUGGGAAACUCGCAAGGGCGACAUCGCAUUGAACAUCUGGAAACAUGCUCCCCCGAGGAUGUCAAACGCCUAGGCAAGCUCGGAAUCACCGCAUCGGUCCAACCUGUGCAUAGCGAUCCGUCCAUCCUCCAGGCGUGGCCGAAGCUGCUCGGCCCCCAAAGAUGCGAGCACGUCUUCCCGUACAACGGCUUCGCUGAGCACGGGGCUACCGUUGCGAUUGGCACCGAUGCUCCUACAGCGUCACACCUCGUUCUUCCGAAUCUGUAUACUGCUACGACGCGGCGGUCUGGGCGAAAGCCGGAGCUGGACGAGCAGACGGCCCCGAGAUUUGCGCUGAGUCUUGCGGCUGCCAUGGCUGCGGCAACUCAGGGCGCUGCGUAUAGUUGCUUCGCUGAUGACCGUGUCGGUAGGCUGGAACCCGGCAAGGCUGCGAAUCUUGCUGUCGUGGACGUGGUUUGGGAUCCCGCCAGGCUUUUAGAAGGCAAAGUCCAGGAGACGUGGUAUCAGGGCCGCAAGAUUUACGGGUAG